CGGCGUGCCAUGGCCACCAGCCUGCUCCGCGUGUGCCCUCCGGGGGAGCUGCUGCGGCCGCUGGCCGUGCCGGAGCGGCUGCUGCUCGGCCCGGGCCCCAGCAACGUGCCCCGCCGCAUCCGGGCUGCGGGGGCAGCCCAGCUCCUGGGCCACAUGCACCCCGAGGUGCUGCAGGUGAUGGAUGAGAUCAAGGCGGGCAUCCAGUACGCCUUCCAGACGCGCAACAGGCUGAGCCUGGCCCUCAGCGGCAGCGGCCACUGCGCCAUGGAGGCCGCCCUCCUCAACCUGCUGGAGCGAGGUGACACCGUGCUGGUGGCCAUCAAUGGCAUCUGGGGACAGCGUGCUGCCGAGAUGGCCAGCAGGCUGGGAGCCAAUGUGUGUGAGCUGCUGAAGCCCCCGGGCGAGUACUUCACUCCACAGGACAUUGAGCAGGGCCUGGUGCAGCACAAACCUUUGGUGCUCUUCAUCACCCACGGCGAGUCCUCCACUGGGGUGCUGCAGCCACUGGAGGGGCUGGGCGAGCUCUGCCACCGACACGGCUGCCUGCUGCUGGUGGACGCAGUGGCAUCGCUUGGGGGAGCCCCCAUCUUCAUGGACCAGCAGGAGAUCGAUGUCCUGUACUCGGGGUCCCAGAAGGUCCUGAACGCACCCCCUGGCAGCGCCCCCAUCUCCUUCAGUGAGAGAGCCAGGGAGAAGCUGCUGAGGAGGAAGACGAAGCCGCCAUCCUACUACCUGGACAUUAACUGCUUGGCGAACUACUGGGGCUGUGACGGGGAGCCGCGGAGGUACCACCACACAGCGCCCAUCAACAGCUUCUUCAGCCUGCGGGAGGGCCUGGCCCUGCUGGCAGAACGGGGUCUGGAGAGCUCCUGGGAGCGGCACCGGGCCAACUGCAGCCACCUGUGCCAGGGGCUGCUCGACAUGGGGCUGGAGCUCUUUGUGGAGGAGGAGGUGGCCAGGCUGCCCACCAUCACCACCGUCAGGGUGCCCAAGGGCUACAGCUGGAAGGACAUCACGGCUUUCCUGAUGGACCAGCACGGCGUGGAGAUCGCCGGGGGCCUGGGCCCCACGGCGGGCAAGGUGCUGCGCAUCGGCCUCAUGGGCUGCAACUCAACCCGGGACAACGUGGAGCGAGUGCUGGGAGCCCUGCGGGACGCCCUGCAGCGCUGCCCCCGCAGCCGGCUGUGA